AGAGUAACCCCCCCGGAGCCCGAGCCGUCCACCUCUAACGCCGUGUAUAUAUUCACCACCACCGCGCGGCGGAUCCUCAAAACACUUUUCACCCGCGUUCGUUAGACUUUCGGCUCUGGGAGUGCGUGCGAGAUUCGCCUCGGCCGUUACACUCUCAUAGGAUUCACUUUCGUUCGGUGUAUAGGCUGCGAGCACCUACUGCGCCAUUCGUUCGUGUUGAAAAAGUUUUGUUGGUGCUUCGGAAGUCAUUGGACUAAAUGAAUGCGAUCAGCAAGGAUACUGGUUGAUUAAGGUGUUCUGGAAUCUGCGGAGCAAAAUCAAGAUGAUUUCGAGGUUUUAUCUGGCCAGCGUUAUUCUUAUUAUCGGACUUCUGCUCCUGUACCGAACGAUGGCGCAAGUCGAUGGAUACACGCCUGGAGUAGACUACCCGAUAUACAACUCUGUACCGUUUGGACUAUCUUUUACCUGCAGAGGUAGACUUCCAGGUUACUACGCCGAUCCUGAUGCUAGAUGUCAGGUCUGGCAUUGGUGUUUACCUGGGGGAAGACAAUUCAGCUUUCUUUGCCCGAAUGGAACUGUGUUCAGUCAAACGACACGUGUCUGUGAUUGGUGGUUCAAGGUUGACUGCAACGAUUCGCCGCGUUUUUACGGAAUCAACGACGACCUCUACAGAGAUGCGAGAGGAAAUAGAAUUUAAUCAAUUUCCUGUGGAUGUAAUUUGUUUUUUAGCAAUAAAAAAUGUAUUUCAAUAAAGGUCUUUUAUUUUCAUAAUA